AUGAUGGGGAUAUGGGCAUUUCUGAUUGCUCUGCUGGUGGCUCUUCUGAUUUUGGUCUUCCUGAGACAACUCUGGACGCGCAGACACUACCCUCCCGGGCCUCUUUCCCUUCCUGUCAUUGGAGGAAUAUGGCGAAUUGGAAUUAGAAUUUCUGAAGAUCUUGCCAUUAAGAUAGCAAAGCAAUAUGGAAAUAUUUGCUGUGUGUGGCUAGGACAUCAGCCUGUGAUAGCUAUGUCUGGAUUCCAAGCUGUGAAAGAAGUGCUGAUCAACCACGCAGAAGCAUUCUCUGAGCGACCAUCGUCUCCUUUAGUAAAAGCUGUAGGAAGAGAAAAAGGUCUUAUACUAUCGAAAGGUCACACCUGGAAGCAGCAGAGACGGUUUUCUGUAGUGACUCUGCGGAAGCUGGGACUGGGGAAGAAAGGCAUGGAGCACCAAAUACAAGAGGAGGCCCAGCAGCUGGUGGAGACUUUUGCACGUGCAAAGGGUAUUGCGUUUUCAAAUGGGCACACUUGGAAGCAGCAGAGAAAGUUUGGUGUAGUGACUCUGCGGAAGCUGGGACUGGGGAAGAAAGGCAUGGAGCACCAAAUACAAGAUGAGGCUCAGCAGCUGGUGGAGAUUUUUGCACGUGCAAAGGGUCAGCCGCUUGACCCUUCCUUGCACAUCACCAAUGCAGUCUCCAAUGUGAUUUGUGCUGUGACAUUUGGACACCGGUUUUCUCUUGAAGAUGAAAAAUUCCAGAAAAUGAUUGAAGAUCUUAACGUUGGAUUAAAAUUUCCAGGCAGCAUCUUUCAUAUUUUGUAUGAAAUAUUCCCAUGGAUCAUGAACCAUCUUCCAGGGCCUCACAAAAAGGUGUUCUCAUCCAUGGAGGAAGUGCUUUCAUAUUCGAGGGAGGAGAUAGAGAAGCACAAGGAGCAACAGUCUUUUCAUGAGCCACAGGAUUUCAUAGAUUUCUAUCUACUUCAGAUCGAGAAAAGCAGAAAUGACCCCAACUCUACUUAUGAUGAAGAGAACCUGGCUCAGUGCAUUAUUGAAUUUAUUAUCGCGGGAACGGAGACAACCACCACUACUAUGAAAUGGGCACUUCUCUUCCUGACAAAUCAUCCAGAUAUCCAAGAUAAAGUCUAUAAGGAGAUAGAAGAUGUUUUCGGUUCAUCUCAUUCCAUCUGCUACCAAGAUAUAAAGAAACUGCCCUACACUAAUGCUGUGAUUCAUGAGAUGCAGCGUUCAAAUUAUAUCUUAUUAUUUGGAGUUCCAAGACAAUGUGCGAAGGAUGUGAACGUGAACGGUUAUCUCAUUCCCAAGGGGGCAUAUAUUCUUCCAGAUUUGCGCUCUGUUCUUCUUGAUCCGGAGCGGUGGGAGACUCCUGAAGAGUUCAAUCCAAACCAUUUUUUGGACAAGGAUGGAAAUUUUGUGGCUAGAGAAGAAUUUCUACCAUUUGGUGCAGGCGCUCGGGUGUGUCCGGGGGAGCAGCUGGCGAUGAUUGAAAUCUUCAUCUUCUUGACCAGCCUGCUGAGGAUGUUCACAUUUCAGCUGCCAGAAGGACUGAAAAAACUCAAUCCAGAUGCUAUAAAAGGGAUCACAUUCUCUCCCCAUCCUUAUAAAAUCUGUGCUGUUCCUCGCUGUAGCUCAUCAUAAACAUUUAAAUGCAUUUAGAAUAACUGACUAAUUACCACAAAUUUUUCCCUCCUUAAUUUUCUGCUAAGAAACCCCCACCC